AUGGCAUCGGAGUUGCCGGCAAUGAAGUGGCUUAUCUUCGGCUGUGGUGGCGUCGGUGGCUACUUCGGAGCGCGCAUCGCGCAGGUGCCCGGACAGAAGGUGAGUUACAUCGUUCGAAACAAGGCGUUGGCGGCUCUGAAAGAGCACGGCGUUCGCAUUACCAGCAUUUGUGGAGAUGUGCAGAUCCCAGCCGCAGACCUGGGACCGACUUUAGAUUCCCAGAACUUAGACAAAGAGGAGCGUUUCGUCGCCGACGUAAUUAUGCUGGGAUGCAAGGCCUGGGAAGCGGAGGGCUGCCUUCGUAUGUGUGAGCCAUGGUGCGGUCCUAACACUCUCGUUUUGCCCUUGCAAAACGGUGUGGAGGGUCUCUCGACCAUCAAAGAGAUCGUUUCCAGCUGGGGAAAGGGCCAUGCCCUUGCCGGCUGCUGCAACAUCGUCUCGGCCAUUGCUGAGCCGGGGCACAUCAAGCACUGGGCGGCGAACCCUCCCUACAUCACUUUCGGAGAGUUCGCCGGCGCCCCCACUGAGCGAACUCAACAGGUGAAAGCCAUCCUCGAUGCGGCUCCUGGCAUGGAGGGGCACCUCGAGGACGACGCGCUGGCAAAGAUCUGGGAGAAGUUCACCUUCAUUUGCUCGACCACGGCCGUCCAAGCGACGACUGGGCCCCAUGCGACGCAGGACGUGAUCCCUCAGAUUCCAGAGCUGUACUUAACCUGGCGAACUGCCAUGACUGAGAUCAUCAACCUUUGCCACAGUUACGGCAUCAAGUACGAGAUGGAACAGCUGGAAAAGCGGGUGGAGGCAUUGAAAGCUGCCGUUGGCGCCACCACCAGCUGCAGCCGCGACCUCUGGAAUGGAAAGCCUUCCGAAGUGGACGACCUCCUCGGAUCGGUUGUGCGGAUGGGAAAAGAGCAGAAGGUGCCUGUGCCCACCAUCUCAGCCUGUUAUGGAACACUGAUCCUGAGAGAUCGCAUCGCGCGCGGUGAGACCCUGCCGAUCAAGGCGCCCACGGAGGGACACCGAGUUUUGGGCCCCAUGUGGGGCGCGCCGAGUGCCUGA